AUGUCUUCUUCAAAUAUCUCAAAUAAAGUAUUGCAGGGAUUACCCCGACCCAAAAUUCUCGGCACACCGGUGGUGUACGGUAUCAGUUUGAAUUCAUUCAAAGCACCGCAUUUCUCGUUAACGCUUAGUUGUGUCAGCGAAACGGAUUCGUUUCUGCGUAAUUUUGUUCGUGAAAUCGGCAUUUGUUUGGGUACGACAGCGUCGUGUAGACGUUUA